CUUGCGGUAGAUGUUUCCAUAACAGUCAACGUGCUGUCCUUGUGAGAAUGAGCACAAAGUAGCAAUUUACUCAAGUGAUCAAAAGCAAGAGAAGAGAUGGCUUCGCCUUUUCUGAGACUCUCUGUGUUUAUUCAGAAGUAUCGGACACCACUGCUCCUUGUCGGCUGUGGAGGGGUAUUUUCUGCCAACAUUUUCUAUCAUGUUUUCCCAGAUUAUACAUACAGAAAAGUGUACCAGGCCUGGCACAAAGGAGAACCAGCCAGCCUGUCGGAGAAGCUUGAGAACGUCUUUCAAGAGGUGCUCAAAGAUUCUGCUGUCAGCUUCCAUAAAAACUUCAGUGCUUUUGCCGCUUUCGGCUUUCACCCGGUAGGGGCAGGUGUUCCAUGGCUUCCCUCUGGAGUGCAGAUCGGCAUCCCAGCCAACUUCAACAGCACCAACGAUGAUCCAUCGGGCAUCACCAACCGCACUAUUCUCAUCCAUGGCAAAGAGCUGCAGUGGGACAGCGAUUCAGGCGCUGCUCUCAAAAACUCCCUGGUGUUCUCUGCGGAGGCACAGAAGUUUGCUAUAGCCCGAGAAGUGACCCGACUGGGUCCUGGGGGUCCCGUGUUGCACGCUGCAGUGGCUCCAGCAUGUCUGGCAGGGGCUUGUAUAUAUAGCAUAGCCCUCAAGCAGAUCUUUGGGCUCCAGGCUGGGUCCAUCUUCUUCAGGGCUGGCGUUAAUGUGUUUGCUGUGGGUUUAGGGGUCGUGUCUUAUAUCCUGGCUUCUGAUGCUCUGAGCCAGUGGUUGGACUACAGCUCGGACCACCGUGCAGCAUGUCUGUCAAGCGAUUAUGCAAAGGGUGGCUUGGAGUUCUAUGACAAAAUCUUGACACGGAACAAGACCUUGCGCUCUCUAAUGGGCACAAAAGGGGAAGAGAUGUACGCCCCCAGUGGAAACUUGUUUCCUGGACAUCUGCUGCAACUCAGACACGCCCCUUACACAUCUAGACGGGAUAAGAUUUUAAAUCUUUUGAAAAAUGAGAAAGUAUGAACUGUCUGAUUAUAUUUAAAAGCAUAUAUGUGCUUGGUUUGUACCAUGUGAAAAUCAUAUUGCGAUACUGCAUUUGUAUAUGGACAGUGCUUUUCAAAUGGUACAACACAGCACUAGAUAACUUGUCUUCCCUUUCUCACAAAUAAACAAUUUAACCUAAGUCCAUCAUGUUCUAGUCUACAUCUGCCAAAGUGUUGUGCUGCUGAUUAGGUUACAUUAUAAUGAGUAAGAGACAUUAGGCUAUGUAUUAUAUAUGCCAGCCAUACAUAUUUAUGUAUGCCAUCACAAUCACAUGAAAAACAAAAUGACUUUAAAAUGUGUUAGC